UUUUUUUCAAACAGAUUUCGUUUCACUCAUGUCAUAAAGGUUGAAAGAUCAUGAACAAGUGGUUUUUCGUUCAUCAGUGCAACAACAUGCACUGAUUCUAAAAUUUUGAUCUGUGAUAGCUCUCAUUGUAAUGGCGUGUUCAUUGACUCGGUUGCAAAAAUGGUGGUUAAACAUAUUGGGAUGUUUUGUUAUGUUGGAGAUCUUUCUGUUGGUGAAUAAUUACAAGCAGGGUCCAACGACAAUUGACAAAAGAUCUUACUGGGAAAUUCAAAGCGAUAUUGAAAGAAAGAUCUAUCGAAACCUCCCCAUGGAUGAACUAUUGGACCCUAAGAAGAGCAAGUUUUGGCAUCGACAGAGAAGAUGUGGCCUGUUUCCAAGAUUCUUUGAUAUCAAGUUCACGAACACAUAUUGGCAAAAGCUCAAUACAACGAAUGGGACCGUUAUGCUUCACGCUGCGUACUAUGACGACCGGUUACCCGAGACACCAAUUGUUUGGGUCCUUGGAGCAGGCAGAGUAGCAAAUCAACUGCCACGACUAUUUUGCCACUUAUGGUUCAAUGCCAUGAUGCAUCCGGUUGAAGUCAAUGUCACGUGGUCCAAACAUCUCCAUGGAGACAAUGUAUUCCAACAUUGGCACCCUGAGGUGUUCCUGGGCCAUCUUAUUAAAUGUCAAAUCCCAGAGGAAUAUAAAGAACAAGUCCCUUCCGUGGUUUCAAUGGUUUCCCAGUCUUGCGGAAGGUCUUUCAAUGCCUUGAAGGUCACAAACAAUAAGAUGGCCAAAAUGCAGGAUUUUGCGGUUUGCCUGAAGGGCCUGUGGUCCCCUUUCCAGGAGAAUCAUGUUCAGGUGGCAGAAUGGAUUGAAAUGAAUCUGGCUGUUGGGGCAAGUAAAGUGAUCAUCUACGUUUUUGCUGUGGCGCCCAAAACCAGAAAGAUUUUGGCCUUCUAUGAGAGGAUGAAAAAGGUCGAGGUUUUACAAAUGGAAUGGGCUGGAAGUAUGCCGACAUCACACACUCCGUUAGCCCAGGAGUGGUUUUAUCAAAAUGUCUCUUGGAUUUACAGCAACUUUGAGGACUAUGCACAUAGUGAUUGCUUUUAUCGAAAUCUAUAUACUUACAAGUUCGUGGCACUGAUUGAUAUCGAUGAACUGAUAAUGCCAGCUCAACAUUCGACAUGGCAAGAAGUGUUCCAAGAGCUGAAAAGGCAAGGCGUUGACCCCUCAGAUUAUACUUCAUUAUUCUUCCAACAUUAUGACUUCUUCGGCAAUCGGACAACGACCAAGACAUCUUCAUUUCAACUCUUGGAUUCGGAUUUAAGAGCUGCCACUGAAUACCCUUACGGGUGGCAAGACAAAGGAAUGUUCAACACUCAAAAGGCCAACAUAGUCUUCAACCACGACAACCUCGGAUGCAUUGAGCCCCCCUGCAGAAGUGUCCUCGUCAAUGCCACGCUCGGCAAAUUGAAUCAUUAUGGAUCGAAUUGCACUCAUACUGAGGUUCUCAAACAAAUCGAAUGCCUUGAGAUGAAGAACAAUCUUGUUAUGGACAAUCUGGCUAUAAAGCGUUAUGGCACAACCAUUAAAAUGAACGUGCACCACGCUCUACAAAGUAUUGAAGAAAGCGAUAGCAUUCCACACUAGAACUGGUUGAGACAUGGCUACAUAUUGUAUACUAAUAUUGAAUAAUAGAAGGAAGCACAUAAAACAAUGAAGGAGCCUGAGAAAGGAAAGAGGAAGACUACAUUGUUUAAACUAAACUGCGGU